CCCCCCUCCCCCGCCUUUUAUAUCAGCUGAGCCCUCGGGCCACGGGGACGCGAUCGGAUCCGAGGCGGAGUCUUGGCUUGCCUUAUCAUGUCUUCUGAGGAAAAUGCUGCAACCCACACUUCCCCUCAGAGCGAGGAGCCCGAGCAGCACCAGCGGAAUGUCGUGAGCAGGGUGGCCAACCUACCCUUGGUCAGCUCCACCUAUGACAUGGUUUCCACGGCCUACACCUCCACCAAAGAGAAUCACCCAUACAUCAAAUCCGUCUGCGACGUGGCGGAGAAAGGCGUGAAGACCAUCACCGCCGUGGCUGUCGGCAGCGCCCAGCCAAUCCUGGCCAAACUGGAGCCACAGAUUGCGACAGUGAAUGAGUACGCAUGCAAGGGGCUGGAUAAACUGGAGGAGAAGCUGCCAAUUCUUCAACAGCCAACUGAAAAGGUUGUGGCUGACACCAAGGAGCUGGUGUCUUCUACCGUGACUGGUGCUAGAGAUGCCAUCUCCAGCACUGUCAGUGGAGCAAAGGGUGCGGUGACAGGGGUGGUGGACAUAGCCAAAGGAGCUGUCCAGGAUAGCAUGGAGAUGACCAGAUCAGUGGUGACCAGCAGCGUGAACACAGUCAUGGGGUCCAGAGUGGGCCAGAUGGUGGUGACCGGAGUGGAUGCCAUGUUGGGGAAAUCAGAAGAGCUGGUGGAUCAUUACCUCCCCAUGACUGAUCAAGAACUAGCUAAGCUGGCCACCUCUGUGGAAGGCUUCGAGAUGGCGUCCGUGGAGCAGCAGAGGCAACAGCAGAGUUACUUUGUGCGCCUGGGGUCCCUGUCCACCAAGCUCCGCCACCGGGCCUACCAGCACUCCCUGGGCAAGCUGAGGAAUGCCCGGCAGAGCACCCAAGAGGCUCUGUCCCAGCUCCACCAAACCAUAGAACUGAUUGAAUGUGUCAAGCAGGGUGUGGACCAGAAGCUCCAUGGUGGCCAGGAGAAACUGCACCAGAUGUGGCUGGAGUGGAGCAGGAGGCGGUCUGAGGAGAAAGAGGACUCUGAUGCUGCGCAGCCAGAGCAGGUGGAAUCUCAGACACUGGUCAUGUUCCGUGGCAUCACCCAACAGCUGCAAACCACCUGCCUGAACCUAAUGUCCAAUGUCCAAGGCCUCCCUGCCAGCAUCCAGGACAAGGUGCAGGAGCUCCGUCACAAUGUCGAAGAACUCCACGCCUCCUUCUCCGCUGCCCAUUCCUUCCAAGACCUGUCCAGCACCAUCCUGACCCAGAGCCGGGAGAGGGUGGCCAAGGCCCGGCAGUCUAUGGAUGAGCUGCUGGACUUUGUGGUGCAGAAUGCUCCCCUGCCUUGGCUUGUGGGACCUUUUGCUCCCAGCCUGGUAGAGCUACCAGCUAUUCCAACUGCUGGAAAGGAUGGGGAGGAGGCCCAGCAAGGUGAAGAUGAGAAGGUGGACAGCACCGCUCAGCAAGCCUCUGUGCCAAAGGAGAACCCUUAGAAGGCUCCAGAUACCUGCAGUUGGCUUCUUGUGAGGGGAAAACUUGUAUGCAAGUCACUUGUGUGGACACGGGAGAGCUUGCGUGUGUUGACGAGGGUGGGGGUGGGAAUAAUGUAAACUCCGUGGUCACCUGCAUCUGGGGAAAGGGGCAGGGGUGUUAAUGUAGAUAAGCUGGCCGUGCCUGGAGCUCCCUGUUGGCCUCACUUCUGAGACUCUGCUCUCUUCCUUGCCAAUCUUUUUGUGCCUUUUCUAGCCCCUCUGGGUGGCUCCUUACACAGGUGAACCCAAGCCCAUGGCAAAAGCAUCGCCUCAAAGCAAAACCAGGGUGUCUCAAUGGGAACUCUAUCUGGAGGCUGUAAAGUGCCCUUAACUAGGUGCUCGCUCAGAACAGAGUGGGGAGAUUUUUCCCUUCUGUAAGUGCCACUAACAAUUUGUAUCUUGUAGAAUGUUUUGUUUUUGUUUUUCCCUCCCCCACAAUAAAAUUUUAUUAGCAUUCA